AUACACUGUUCGUCUGUUUUAGAAGAAAGCUAUUGCCAAGUAUUUCAUCAUGGCAGAUGACGAAGGCACGGAGUGGCUGCAGGAGUUACUACACGAUGUUCAACUCUCUCAAUUCUUUACCAGAAUUAGAGAUGACCUUCAGGUCACACGACUGCACCAUUUUGAUUAUGUACAAACCGAGGAUCUUGAGAAAAUUGGUCUUGGUAAACCAGGCAUUCGUCGAUUGAUGGAUGCUGUAAAAAAGAAACGUACGCUGCAAUGGAAAAAGAGCUUGAUAACAAAAAUCAGACCAGGAAGCGAUAAGAAGAGCAACAAACGUGCCUCUCAGCCUACUGAAAAUACCUCUGUCUUAACAUGCCUGAUUCAGGACAAGGAUGUCACGUUAUCAGUGAAAUUGGGCGAUGGAAGUUUUGGUGUUGUCAGAAGAGGCGAAUGGACUUCUCCAACUGGAAGAACACUGCCGGUAGCCGUUAAAGUCUUAAAAGCAGAUGCUUUGACACAACCAAAUGUUAUCGAAGACUUUGUAUCAGAAGUACAGUCAAUGCACACAUUAGAUCACCACAAUCUCAUAAGACUAUAUGGUGUGGUACUCUCUCAGCCAAUGAUGAUGGUAACGGAAUUAGCACCGCUCGGUGCUCUCCUAGACUACUUACGCAAGCAAUGUGGGCACAUUUCGGUCCUCACUCUCUGUAACUACGCCCUUCAAGUAGCCACGGGGAUGGCUUAUCUCGAGGCGAAACGCUUCUUGCAUCGUGAUCUCGCCUGUCGAAACGUCCUCCUCAGUUCCAUUGACAAAAUCAAAAUCGGCGACUUUGGCCUGAUGCGAGCCUUACCCCAGCAGGAAGAUUGCUACGUCAUGACGGAGCACAAGAAGGUGCCAUUUCCCUGGUGUGCCCCGGAGUCGCUAAAGGCGCGGCAGUUCAGCCACGCCUCGGACGUGUGGAUGUUCGGGGUGACGCUUUGGGAGAUGCUGACGUUCGGUGAGGAGCCUUGGAUCGGCCUCAACGGUUCCGAGAUCUUGAGGAAGAUCGACAGGGAGGGUGAGAGGCUCCACGAGCCUGAAGCCAGUCCCCCGGAAAUGUUCCAGCUGAUGCUCUACUGCUGGGCGAGGGAUCCUGCCGAGCGCCCGAGUUUCGCGUCCUUGAAGGAUUCCCUUACCGGAAUGGUUCCGACUGUGAUGAAAGCCUUAAAUCGCUUCGACGAGCCGGAGAAGAUGAUGAUCGAGCACGGCGACCAGAUCGUCAUAAUCGACGGCCGACCGGAGAAUUACUGGUGGAAGGGCCAGAACCAACGAACCUACCAGGUGGGUGUAUUUCCCCGCUGCCUAGUCGAUCCCAUGAGGAAGAAACAAGCCGAGGACAUUAGCAAGCCUCUGGAGAACUCGUUCAUUCACACGGGUCAUGGGGCCCCGUUCGGAAAGAGCUGGGGCAGUCCAAUUUACAUCGACGACGUGUACUUGCGCAAUCCCAUGGAGCCGCCCGACAUCGUCGGGAUUGCCGAAUGCGCCCUCAAGAAGUUUCCGGGAGCGGCCCAGCGUACGCGCAAGCAGUUUAAUUACAGUAAAUUGCAGAACGACUGGUGGGGCAGUCCAGUUAAAGUGCCCAAUACUUCAGUGCCAAUCGUAGGAGCUAGUAGCAGCCAAGAGGGUUCUCUGAUCGACCUGUCGCCGGAGGAGCUGGCGAAUGCAACGACUGUCCAGCUGGACAACAAUACCGCCUGCCGAAGAGUGAUAAAUAUCCUCGACGAGCCGAACGACGUCGAGCGAGUACAGACGGUAUCGCAGGAGUAUUGGUCCGAGGAGGAUCCGAGGACGUACGCCAAUUGCCCGGAUAAUAGCAACGCUCAUGCCUCGUCCGUGUCCGAUCCAUUCGAUACGUCCCGAAUCUUUGUGAAUUCGUCGCAGUCGCGAUAUUAUAGCCAAGUGACGCCGGAGCUCCCAACGAAUUCCUCCUACUUUCCACCGGCUACGAGUCAACAACAGCCGGUACAUCAACAGUACAGCAACGUCCAAUCGCAGUCGAAUAACGUCUCGUCGUCUUCCCUUCAGCACACGUUAAAUCUCAACAAGGAGCUCCGAAGCGAGAAUACGAAUAUCAAUGUGAACGUGAACGUCGAGAGCAACGGCUACUCCAGCGCCGAGCAUUAUAGCGAGGUCGAUAAAACGGGAACGUCGGGCCCUAUUCCCAUUCUCCAGAAUUGGCCGGACGACCUCGAGUCCGACGACUCCCAAGCUACGUACGCGAACGUUGUAAGUCGCGGUCUCACCGUCGUCCCGAUGCCACCACCUCUGCCUGUUCUCGGGCCAAACGAGAGCCCGACUAAGCCGAAGAGUAACGUCGAUAUCGCUCAGAGCAUGAACGAACUGAAUCUCGAGUCGAAGAAUCGGGCCUCGCCCAAGAAACUCGACCCAGCCUUUCUCGCGGAGCUUGAGAAACACCUGGGCGAGAAGGAGGCCAGUAAGAACACAAAUUCUAAGCAGCAACAACAGCUACAGCAACAGCAGCAGCAACAAUUACUACUUCAACAAGUCCAGCAGCAGACGUCAUCCGGCCCCUCGAACUUCUCGCUCGCGGCCAGUACCACUAAUAAAUUACCCGUUAACACGGUGAUACCGAUGCUACGACCGCCACCACAAUCCGCCAAGCCCAAGUCGCCCAAUGGCGAGCAGCGCGGCAGUUUCCAGUUCCCCAAUAAGGUGCAGAACUCAUGGCCGAGCAAAAGCACCAACAUCCAGCGACCUAGGAGCAGUCAAAUGGGCUAUCAGAGCCAGUCGUUCUCCGAGACCACGUGCACGGACGGCAUAGUUACUCAAAAGUGGCAUCAGGUCGUCUCCACUGGUGGUGCACAAUACGCCGGCAGUGUCUCCAAUCUCCUGCAAUGCGUGCCAAAUCAUGCGCCGAGCAAUCUCGAGAACGCCGCCCAGAAUGUCGCCGUCGCCUACCAGCAGAACUUCCCGAGUCUGCCCAGCCAGUUUAAUCUCCAAAAUAUUCAGUCGUUGGGCUCGGCGUCCUCGACCCUACCGAGACCGGCUUCAAUCGCCGGCACAACACUUUCCAAUCAAGUUUACGCGGAGCUCAAGCAGACCGUGCCGAAUCUUGAGCAGCUCUCUCAAAAUGAGUUCAAUACUCUUUACAAUAAGACCGUUCGCCAAAAUAUACUCAGAAGUUAUCACGCUAAUAGCAAUGCCUUGGCCACUGCAGCCAAUAAUAUGGCGGGCAAUAGUAGCAGUAGCAGCAACAGCAGCAGCAGCAGUAGCAUCGUCAGCAGCAUGAGCAACAUGAGCAACAUGAGCAACAGCAGCAACGUCGCGAGUCCGUCGCAAAAGUCAAACAGCCGACAGACUCUACCCCGGGAGUUCAGUCCCAGCCAAAAGCAGCCGCCGAUGUACAACCCGCCACCUCCGUUCUCGCCCCUCAAGCCCACGCAGAACGGGUUCGCUCAGUCGAGCAAACUGAAUGUCAGCGCUGGGAACGUCAACCUCAUGCAGUUCACACCCUCGCGCUCCCAGUCCGGCACACCCCAGCCGGGUCAAUCGAGUGGGACGGCACGUAGCCUCCUGCCCCAGUUGAACGAGACGACGACGAUUAACACGCAGCUGGGCCCGGGUCCGGCCGCGUAUCCGAGCGGCGUGAGUCCGCCCUUGAUCGGCGCAUCCCAGCAGCUGGUCAUGUCCCUUAACGACGAGUUUCGUGCGAGUAAGGUGAUGAAGGUGCGCCAAGAGGCGCAAGACGCGUCCCAGCAGGAGGCGCUCACCGCUCUCCAGGCGACUGGAUGGGACACGACCCAAGCGGCCAAGCAGAUCACCAUGGAUAGGCUCGCCAAAGUCGAGACUCUGCUCAGGCUUGGACUUGCCACGCGACAACAGUGCGAAGGUGCAUUAAAGCAGACUGAAUUUGACGUGGAUCUUGCGGCUUCCCUCUUGUUAGACCGCACGAGGUGAUUUCUUGAAUCAUCUUAGAGCUUAUAUA